AUGACACAACCAACCUGCCAUUAUCCGUACUACUUCCCCAAGUAUUCGAGCUUAGACAAGUAUGGUGGUGACAUGUUCCCAGUUACUCGGCUGCAGAAUGACCAAACCGUGUCUUGGGGUGUCCACUUGCCAGGCGCCACGACUACUACAUCUCUGCUUGUUGAGGCACGACAACUUAUGCACUGCUUGCCACUGGCACUGACGGGGAACCCGGAAUUUCAAUCGCUAUUGGAUACUUCUUACUGUUCAGACGGACAGUCCAAUCUGUUGACAAACUCUCCACGAUUCUCAUCACUCAGUUGUGAUGUUCAGUUAAGAUCCCAACAUGAUCUGCACCGGGGAACUCGUUUUCCGCUAGGCAGCAUAACACCGGAAACGGACUUGCAUUCUAUGGGACUGGUACCCGAGAUGAAUUCGUUCGGAUCGCCCAGCGAUACAGCCUCUUUUUUGACCGAGGGCAGUGUGUGCCCAAAUAUCAGCGACAGUGAGCUGGAGACCGAAGAUGUGAGAACCAAAUUUAAUCACAACUCAAGCCGUCGAGCACUCAGUGACGUAAAACGUGAAGUCACCUUUCGCCAGCUGAAGCGUGCGCGUCUACGCGGUUUCCACAAUCGGAAACGCGUUCCCGGUGUACAAAUAUUUCAGCGUCAGGCAGCGAAUCUACGUGAACGGCGGCGGAUGCAGUCUAUCAACAAAGCAUUCGAAGGACUCCGAGCUCACAUUCCAACACUUCCGUAUGAAAAACGACUCUCCAAAGUGGAUACCUUGCGACUUGCCAUUGGUUACAUACACUUUUUACAAGAACUUGUACAAAAUCACAGUACUGAGGACUUGGUGUGGCAUGACAGACCAAACACCGGGGCUGAAAGCAAUGAAGGUGAUCCCGCUGAUGGCAUACAACGCAAGUCGGAUGACAAGUCUAACGUAUACACUCCCCACAGACGCGUGGAUAAUGGCAAGUUCCCAAUCGAUAUGGCCGACGACAGUGGCACACCACGUAACACCGGAUAUGGUGGCAGCUCAUUGCCCAACGGAAAGAAAGUAAUUCUCAACCUUCCAAAACAA